AUGGAUUCGCUAAACAACGUGGCUCUGCGGCCUUGGCCGGCGCCAAAGAAGGAGGAGUUGACCCAGGAAGACUUGCUAUUUAAGAUUGAGCAGCUAGCCAGCGAACGAGGACACUUACGCAACAUCACCGAACAAUCGCUGCAGGAAGACAUAGACGCCGGCAAAAAUGCUCCGGGUCAUGGUUCAGAUGCAGGUGCAGUGAAGGAGGAAGAGAAGAAGGAGAAGGAGGCACCGUCCCUACAAGAGCAGCGAGAGAAGGUGUUGAAAGUAGGAAUGGAGAUGUAUAGUCACUUGGAAUGGGCUAAAUUCGCUGCAAACAAUGCGCUCGAUCUCGUCUCGCUCAUACUUUCCCAAGACCCCAACAAGCGCAGCCUGAACUUCUUCAGUCCGACAUUUCAAGAGCAAGGGCUGAAACAGGGCAUACCCCUCGGCUCUUUUGGCGUGAGCAAGGAGAAUCAUGAGCACCGCGUUCGCAAGCCCGAAGAACAACAUAGACUACAGGAUCUGGAGGCUAGACAAGAGGCUGUAGCGCAGGGUGCACGAAUGGGCGCGCUCGACUCCUCCGUGGACGAGAUACUGAAAGCGGCGAAAAACUUGGAGAAGCAGAUACGCAGAGAGACAAAAUACUGGCAUGAGAUUGUGACCGUCUCUGACAAGGGGUGGCCCAUUCAACGACUGCGUCAGAAUGUGCGCCAUGCGCCCUUUGGUGUGCGUUAUGGGCUUCCCGAAGCCAGUGACCACUUCAAGGCUCGUGGCUUCGCUCCGCUACAAAUGGACAAAGACGGCAGUAUCAUCCUGGACCCAGCUCUUGCACUGAAACCAAAGAUCCUCCGCGUACGAGUCAGCAUCGAUGGAAACAUUACUGGAACGACACAGUUAUCCGCUGCCGACGAUCUUGCGAAUCAAAGUCUCGAAAAGUCGAUUCAAUUGGCGCGUGACUCUUUGCUCGAAGAAGAGCUGUACUACGAGAUGAGUCUGGAGACGCGACAACUGUUGGCGUAUGGUGUCGAGUUCCGUGAUUCCGUUAUUUAUGUGGACGCGCCUCAAAUGGGCGGUGUGUCACAUGAACGCAAAUUGCUCAUUGACUGCAUACCCCGAGACGACCCUGUACCCAGCAGUCGGUCUCAUGAGCACGAUUGGAUGGCUCGCAACAUUGCCGAAGGACUCCGCCUCUUGCUUGCGCAUGAGCACAGCAUGCGCCUCUACCGGAGAUCGCAGCUUCCACCUCCUUUGACAACAAGGAAACGCGAGAAGCCAUCGCCAUCCUUACUUCGUACUCUUCUCGCAGUCAUUCACCACAUUGAAGCCGUAGACUCGCUUUACGUCUACCUUGAAUCGCUUGCAAGGACUCUAAACAGCGUUGGCCUAGAUGUGACGCUAGAUACGACUCGUGAGACUUCCUGGGCGACGCUUGUGGAGAGCUUAGGAACACCAUCAAUGAAAGGCCAGUCAGCAACUGAUCAACUAUUUGAGGUCUUUAUGAAGCCAUUCGAUGGGAAGGCUACAAUGUCUCUUCCUGUGUCCACUGGUGCACAACAUGAAAGCCUGAGCAUCACAACACGCACGAUUAUCGGCCAGCCGACUUUCGGAACAGAGCAUAAGCUCAUACUCCCACCCACACUGGGUAUUGAUCUUGGUUUAUCCCAGCAACAAAAAUUUGCUGCCGUUGAGGAAAUCACGUCACUGCUGCAAAACGAGUAUUCAUCACGCGCACAAGCUUUGAGUCAAGAUGCACGUCUCUCGAUCAAGGGUAAAGAUAGGAAAAAAGGCGUAAAGUCUUCGAAAGAUAUUGAGAUCGAGCUGAAUAAUGGGGAGUUGAAGGCCUCUGUGUUGAUUGUGGAUACAGUACAAGACAUCGAGGAGGUCGAGCAAUCGCGUACUUGGUCUGGAAAAGAUGGCAACAACAGCUCUUUGAGAGAAGUCAUUAAAAGCUGGGUUGACUGA